AUGCCCAUUUUUGGUGACCACGCACUCACGGCGAUAACUAUCAAAAUCAACCAGUUAGUGGAGCACAAGAAUGACGAGGUGGAGGAUGCCAUGGAAUUAUACUUAUCCGACUUACUUAGCUUGAUAAAUGUUCAACAUCAAGCAGGUGCAACUGAAGCAGCAAGAGCUAUCAGGAAAAAAAUCAAGUACGGCGAUAGUAUACAAGAGCAAGUUCGAGCAUUACAGCUUUUAGAACUUUUGGUGCUCAAUUCAGGCACCAAGAUUGGUCCUGUUAUUGCUCGUGAUGAUAAGUUGUUGGACGUCUUGAAAGGAAUAAUCAACGGUCAUGGCAGAACUGGGUCUGGUACCAACUACAGUCCAAAGGUUAAAAAGACAGUGAUUAACAUGGCCGUGGGGUGGAAGUCUGAACUCGAUGGAUUGAAAGGGUACCAAUAUAUGCAAGGUUUGUACAAGACUAUUCCGGGCAUAAAGAAACGUUCCAAGCACUCGCGCCUGGCUAGUGGUAGUGUGUCUAAAGGUGGUAAUGAAGGUUAUAAUGACUAUGACGUGUUUGAUGAGGAGUCGGAUCCAUAUGGAGAUGAUCAUGCUUACGAUGAUGAGGGCUCUUCUCGAAUUUCAGAAUCACCUCGACCUUCGAAUCCAAGGUCGCCAAAGGUGCCACCUCCCCGUCCUACCACAGCUUCACCAUAUUCAAUUAGCAAUCGAAAGUCGUCAAGCAAAAAAGACAAAUUGAAAAAGAAAAAGAAAAGGUCAAAGAAUGGAAUUGUGUAUGCCGAUUCUGAGUAUGGUAUACCACAAAUCAACUAUAAAUUGGAAGCUCCAAAGAUUAGACAUGUCUUAACAGAGUGUAAUGACUAUACAAUUACUUUAAACAAUCAAUUGUUGCAACUCCCACCAGGUUCAGCACCUCAAGACGAUGACGAAGUUAUGACGAAUUUUCAAAAAUGCAAAAAGAUUAGACGUAAGAUCUUGAAGUACUUGCAAUUUGUUGGUGCGGGUGAUCCUCUGGAGAAGUCGCUGGAUGUGGCAAAACAGGACGAAGAAUUCUUGGCAAAGUUGAUUUACGCCAAUGAACAAUUAGUCGAAACGUUUAAGAAGUUUGAUGUUAAAGCAGGAUACUCACUGACCAACCCAGCGCCUCCUGAGGUAGAAGAAUUGAGUGAAAGUGAUGAAAGUUAUUAUUCCACUGAAGAUGAUGAAGAUGAUGAUGAUGACUUAGAGGAGGCGGUACCAGGUGAAGAUCUGAUUGCUGCCAGAUUGCAGUCGGUCACUUUGGAGAACAAGCGACCACCACCCCCAGUUCCACAAGUGUCUCGUACUUCUGGUAAAGAUAAACCACAACUGACGAAUGGACUUGAAAGGCCAGGUCUUGCCAAAAUAGAAACUAGUGAAUCCUUGGGAGAUCCGUUUGGGGACAAAAACACGGUGGAUAAAGAGGGUUCUGUGUAUUAUUAG